UUCUAAAUUCUUUGCCGGGGGAUGAACUCCUGAGGAGCGAAUGACGAAACAAAUUUUGCUUUUAUUCACAUUCAGAGGAUUAGUAAGGAAAGGGAAAAAGGGGAAAAAGAGAAAAUGGCCAGUUUUAUAUUACGGAAAGCUGAACCCAAUGAUGUGUCCGAUAUCCUGCGACUCAUAAAGGAACUUGCUAAAUUUGAGGAGAUGGAAGAGAAGGUCAUGCUGACCGAGAAAGAUCUACUUAAUGACGGCUUUGGAGAUCAUCCAUUCUACCACUGUUUAGUUGCUGAAGUCCCAAAAGAGCAGAGUUCAGAAGGGUACACUGUGAUUGGCUUUGCCAUGUACUACUUCACAUAUGACCCUUGGAUUGGGAAGUUGCUCUACUUGGAAGACUUCUAUGUCAUGCAGGGGUUUCGUGGUUUGGGCAUCGGUUCACAAAUUCUGAAGGUUCUGAGUGAGACGGCAGUAAAGACUCGCUGUAGCAGCAUGCACUUCAUCGUAGCAGAAAACAACACAAAGUCUAUUGAGUUCUACAAGCGAAGAGGAGCAUCUGAUCUGUCAUCUGAAGAGGGCUGGCGUCUUUUUGAGAUUGAAAAGGAGGAUCUGCUGAAAAUGACUGCCAAAUAG